AUGGCCGGCGCUAUCUUAGAUAGAGAGCGAACAUAUCCUAAAACGCAACGGGGUCCUCUCCGUGGUCAAGCCGUCGUUGGGCUAGGAAACCAGUGCGCGGUGCGCGGUGCUGGUGGUACAAUUCUCAGAGCCGGCAGCUGGUCAGUUCGAACUUUGACUUGGGCGGUUGAGCUAUUGACAGGCAGGAUCAAGCUCGCCUGUUCCCCGUUGAAUUGCGGUUCUUUUUCAAAGAAUCUCAGAUGUUCGGUCCUUUUGCAUGCCUGCGCAUCGAAAGGCUGA